AUGUCGUCGCCAACCUCCCAAACCAUUGUGGGAGACGAAGGACCGGAGCCGCGCGAUUACACGGGCGCGGAGUGGGACGCCGCCUCGUUAAGCGGAAAGCUUCAAUUGAUGUUGGGCGCCAACCCGAAAGGCCGGCCGCCCCGGUGGGGUUGGGUCGUUUACCGCACCGCGUACCAGCCAGAGCUCGACGGCGCCUGGGCCGCGCUCGAGGACCACAUCAGGAACCGAAUGCGGAACUGGUUAUGCGCCCCCAACGAAGACGCCGACAUCGACAUCGUCAAUAAGACGGACUGGGUCUUUGUCCAGGAUGCAGCUGCCCUCGACGGCAUCACGCGCGACGCGCUACGGCACCAGUUCCAGGCCUGGGCUGUUGCUGAGGCACCCGACCUCACCACUACCAACUGGGCCCGCGGGGUGCGCUACGAGUACUUCCUACAAGCGGACGAGGACGCGUUAGCGAGUGUGCUGCAACCACCCACCGUGCCCGGCGCUUCGUACGUCAACCUUGUACAGGCCUGGCCCGAAAAACUCCCCGCCGACGUGGCGUUUGACGAGGAUGGCAAGCCCUAUCCCCCGGAGGACUGGAUGAAGAUGACUCUACAGGCUCUACACCCGUCAAACUACAUUGAGUUGGAUCAUCCUGAGGCUUGGUAUGUGUAUUACCGCGACCCGGACGAGGGUGCGUGGAUGUAUUAG